UCAGCCAGCCAUUGGCAGCUGUGGGAGACGUGACUUUCGCAUGGCAUGCCGGAGAGUUGCGUGGCCGAAGGUACCUUGACGUUGAAGGCGUCUAAUAUCCGGACGCAGCUCAGGAAGCUGUUGCACGAGCGAGGCAACGGCAGCCUCUUAAGGGCCUGGAGGAGUGAGCUGGAUUCCGACUUCUCCCAAUGUGUGAGCUUAGAGGACCUCCAGAAAUGUGCUAACAACUUGGGUCUACCAGGGGGUGAGGCUGCUGCGAAGCUCUUCUUCGAGUCUGCUUCCAGCGGUGGCGUUCUGACGCUACUGGACUUGGACAAGAAGGCGGCUGUCCUGGCCACCCGUUUCAAGCGCUGGGCUACGGGGAUUCAACCCAGGCAAGUUUUCUUUGAGAGCGACGAUGUGCUGAUGCGCGGAAAGGUCCUUUCGCUGCCGGACUUCGCAGAUAUCUGCAGAAGGACUCGGCUCAUGGUCAAUGGUGUCUAUGACAUCACCGCCAUUAUUUGA